CACGGCGGCUUCCGGUUGGGCAUCGGCCCCCAGUGUGGGUCGUGAGCUGCGGCCGUCGCGGGCUGCGGGGGACGGCGGGGUGCUCGUCUCUCCGCAGUCGCUCCUCGCCAGCCGUGCGGCUCGGAUUCCAACCCAAGCUCCGCGGCCACGUCCGGUCCAAGCCCUGCUUCGGGCCCGCGCCCACCGGAGGUUACCUCACGGCCGAGGCUGCAGCGGCCCAGCCCACGCCCCGGGGCCGGCUCGACUGAGCUCGGGCGGGAGAGGCCGCGGCGGAGCUGCGGGCACCCUGCUGAGCACGGCCCUGCGCCCCCCCCCCCCGCCCCGAGCGGUGACGUCACCGCCCUCGCGGGCGAUUGGCCCAGGGCGGGCCGCAGCAGCAAAUGGGCGCCUGGCACCCGGCGCGGCUCUGCAAAUCUUUACUCCGCGGCGGCCUCCCGCCGAUUCCUGGGCCGCUGCUCCGCGUCCCCGCUUUUCCUCCUUCGUGACUACCCGUCUGGAGCAGCUGCCCGAGGAGGGUAGAGGGCACAGGGUCAAGGUCAGAGGGCCCCUGGGGUUGGGACCCGACGCGAAAGGGGUUAGGAGCCCAGAUCUCGGUCACGGCUCCUUGGCCGCAGGAGGGACCCCGUGUCUGACUUCAAAGCCGGACGCUGCACGGAGAAAGCGGCGUUGCUUUUGUAGCCACUGGGCUGUGCAUUUGUCUCCCCAUUUAUGUGUGAGCCCCGGGGGGACAGACGGUACGGCAUCGACAAAUGCUUGUAGAACGAAUCGAUGAUUAGGUGAGGUCCCUUGAAAACCAGUAAGUCCCAUCGGACUUUUAAAAAUCAACUCUAGGUGCUGGCUUUCACAAGGCAGCACUCACCUCGCGCCUCUCGCGCUGUGCGCCGGUGUGUGAACCGUCUGCUUCCCUCUGCUGCACGCGGUUCUACAGAGUAGACGGCCCCCUCCCCUCUCCCCAGCCUUUGCAGCACUGAACGACGUGAACAGGACUCAGAGCUUAAGUGACCGGACCAAGGACACAGGCACCACCACCUGCAGAGGCAAAAACGUGGACCCCGCCCGGCCCCUGGCUCCCAAACGCUCUGCUUUGCGCGGGAGGGAAGAGCACUGUGGCAGCCAGCAGAGCGCGCGGCCCGGGCAUGGCCGAGGAGCGCCGCGGGUCCUGGUUCGGCUUCGGUUUCUGCGGCUUCGGGCAGGCGCCGGGCUCCGGGCGCGGGCGCCAAGUGCUCAGCCCCGAGCCGCUGCAGACCCCCGGCUCCGGCGCCGACGUCCGCCGCGUGAGUGCCAGUUGGAGCUACACCGCCCUCGUGACCCGUGGAGGCCAGGUCCGGCUGUCGGGCGCGGCGGGCGGCGCGGCGGGCGGCUGCAGUGACGCGUGGGCCUCGGAGACGCUCCUCGUGGUGCUGCGCGCGGGGCCGGGGCGCGGGGCCGGGCCGGAGCUGCAGGCCUGGGCGCCGGCUUCGGCGAUGCGCGGGGAGCCCCUGUGGGCCCGCGCCCUGGGGCCGGAGGCCGAGGCGGAAGACGCGGCGCGCGGCGAGCCCCCGGCGGGCGCGCUGCCCCUGCUGCCCCUGCUGCCCGGCGCGCGCGCCUACGUGAGCCCGCGGCCGCCCUUCUGCCGCGCUCUGGCCCCGGAGCUGCGGGCGCGCCGGCUGGAGCUGGGCGCCGAGCACGCGCUGCUGCUGGACGAGGCGGGCCAGGCACGGACAGCUGGGCCACGGGAGUCUGGAGGCCGAGCCGGAGCCGAGGCUGCUGGAGGCGCUGCAGGGCCUCCCCGUGGCGGAGGUGGCCGCCGGCGGCUGGCACUCGGUGUGUGUGAGCGAGACUGGGGAUAUUUAUAUCUGGGGCUGGAACGAAUCAGGGCAGCUGGCCCUGCCCUCCAGGAGCCUGGCAGAGGAUACAAAGACGAUUCCGAGGGAAGUGGACUGAACGAAGAUGGCUCUGAAGUGAAGAGAACAGCCAGGGGUGAGGAUGGAGCCCCGGCCCCCUUCAUAGCCAUCCAGCCCUUCCCAGCUUUACUGGAUCUUCCCCUGGGCGCAGAUGCAGUCAAGGCCAGCUGUGGAUCCCGGCACACAGCGGUGGUAACCGGAACUGGGGAGCUCUACACCUGGGGUUGGGGUAAAUAUGGACAGCUUGGCCACAAGGACACAACAAGCUUGGAUCGGCCCUGCCGUGUGGAAUACUUUGUAGACAAGCAACUCCAAGUAAGGGCUGUGAGCUGUGGGCCCUGGAACACCUACGUGUAUGCUGUGGAGAAAGAGGGGAGCUGACUUCUACAGCUAGGGCGUAACACAAAUGUAUAAUACAGUAACUUAAACAUUUAACACCAGUGACACUCCCACCCCAGCCAAGGAAACCACUGAGAGCACCCCAGUGGCCAUGCAUUUGCCCCUCCCAAUCACAGCCCUCUUGCCUCACCUUAGAGGUGCAUCUUCAUCUUCAGUUCUGUCUUCCUGUUGAAGCUUUGGAAGGGAAGGCCCAAGGCCAGCCCUGCAGACAUAGUGAAAUCCGAACCUCUGGGUGGGGGGCCCAGAUGAGGGUAGGUUUUAAAUCACCCCUCCCAACCCAAGGUAAUUGAGGUCAUGCCAAGAUUGGGGACCAGCAGGGGUCAUCGUUGUCAUCCUUCCUUACCUAUUUUCACUUGGAAUUUUAUCACCCUUGUAUGCAUCCGUAUUCAGUAGACUUUAGUUUGCUUUCAACUUUAUGUAAAUGGCAUCAUUCUGUUUAUGCUCCUUUGUGGCACUUUUUCAUUCAGCACUAUAUGAUCCACUUAUGCUGUGCCCUGCAGUUCAUUCAUUUUUACUUAAUGCAAUAUUCAGUGGUGUGAAUAUACCUCAUUAUAUGUUAUUUUUUUGAUGGUCAUUUUUUCUGGAGUUAAAAUAUACAUAACAAUGUACCAUCUUAACCAUUCUUAAGUAUGUAUAUCAGUAGUAUCAAAUAAAUUUACAUUGUUGUACAGCCAA